AAAACUCCUCACAAGAGAGAGGAAGAUUAAGCUCUUUGCACGGUAGAAACAGAAUCAAUACUAUCCAACAUCACCUUGUAAAUUCAGUGUAUGAAUUCAACUCAACUAUUUCAUUUGCCUCAUCAACUGCGUGUAUGAGUUCAGCAAAACUAACUGCAUUUUGGGCUAUUAGAUCAUCUGUUAACCAAAAACCCAUUUCAAGAGCCACCAUAAAUUGCUCAAAUUUGGACGGUUUGUUCUUGCAAUGCCGAAAUAUCAAGCUCUUAAAUCAGAUUUUGUGUCAAAUGAUAUGCACUGGGCUAAUCAAGGACACUUAUGCUGCUAGCAGAAUCCUCAAGUUUUCUAUUGAGUUACCCUUCGUUCACAGUGAUUAUUCUUACAAAAUCUUUACAAUCAUUCAGGACCCAAAUGGGUUCAUUUGGAAUACUAUGUUGAGAGCCUUUGUGCAAAGUAACAGGGCGCAAGAUUCAAUGUUUUUGUACAAAUCCAUGUUAAAGAAUAGUUUUUUAUGCAUUGAUAAUUAUACUUAUCCCAUCUUGAUUCAGGGCUGCUCUCUCAGUUCCUCCGAGUUCGAGGGGAGAGAGGUGCAUGAUCAUGUUGUGAAAAUGGGAUUUGAGAGUGAUGUUUAUGUGGUGAACAAUUUGAUCAAUAUGUAUAGUGUGUGUGGGCACGUGGGUGAUUCUAGAAAGGUGUUUGAUGAAAGUCCCGUGCUGGAUUUGGUUUCUUGGAAUUCGAUGUUGGCUGGAUAUGUUUUAGGGGGAAGUGUUGAUGAGGCAACAUUAUUCUAUGCUCAGAUGCCUAGAAAGAAUGUCAUUGCGUCGAAUUCUAUGAUUGUGCUGUUGGGUAAGAGUGGCAGGGUGACUGAGGCGCAUCAAUUGUUCAAUGAGCUGGAGGAGAAGGAUUUGGUAUCAUGGACUGCAUUGAUUUCUAGUUACGAGCAGAAUGGUAUGUAUGAAGAGGCUUUGGAUCUGUUCUUAAAAAUGUUUAACAAUGGAAUUAGUGUAGAUGAGGUGGUCGUUGUAGCCGUGAUUUCAGCUUGUGCACAUUUAUCUAGUUUCAGAAUAGGAAAAUUGGUACAUGGCUUGGCUGUAAGAGUUGGAUUUGAAUCUUAUGUAAAUCUUCAAAAUUCUUUGAUUCAAAUGUAUUCCAGAUGUGAUGAUGUGUCGGCUGCGGAGAAAUUAUUUACUCAAAGCUGUUUCUUGGACAUAAUAUCUUGGAAUUCUAUGAUAUCUGGAUACAUCAAAUGUGGAUUGGUCGAGAAGGCUAGGGAAUUAUUUGAUAACAUGCCUGCGAAGGAUGUUGUGUCAUGGAGUUCAAUGAUAUCUGGUUAUGCCCAACUAGAUAAGUUUCAUGAGACUUUAGCAUUAUUUCAUGAUAUGCAGCGCGAAGGUGUUAAGCCCGAUGAAACCACCUUGGUCAGUGUGCUUUCAGCUUGCACUCAACUUGCUGCCCUUGAUCAAGGGAAGUGGUUAGAUGCUUACAUACGGAAGAAUGGGCUCAAGGUGAAUAUAAUUCUUGGUACAACUCUAAUUAACAUGUAUAUGAAAUGCGGAAGUGUGGAAAAUGCCUUGGAGGUUUUCCAUGGGAUGGAGGAAAAGGGAGUUUCUUCAUGGAAUGCUUUGAUUCUUGGCUUGGCUAUGAAUGGAAAGGUAGAAAAGUCACUUGAGAUGUUUGAAGAGAUGAAGAAAAGUAGGGUGAUCCCAAAUGAAAUCACCUUUGUAUCGGUUCUUGGUGCUUGCAGACAUAUGGGUCUGGUAGAAGAGGGGCGCCGAUACUUUGAUUCUAUGGUAAAGGUGUACAACAUUGAACCUAACAUUAAACACUAUGGAUGUUUAGUUGAUCUUCUUGCACGCAGAGGGCUGCUCAAGGAAGCAGAGGAACUAAUUGACACCAUGCCAAUGGCACCAGAUGUUGCUACUUGGGGUGCUUUGCUUGGAGCUUGCAAGAAACACGGCGACAAGGAAAUGGGAGAGAGAAUAGGGAGGAAACUCAUUGAACUUCAGCCUGAGCAUGAUGGCUUCCACGUUCUAUUGUCCAAUAUAUAUGCUUCUAAAGGUAACUGGGCCAAUGUUCUAGAGAUCAGAGGGAUCAUGACACGACAUGGUGUGGUUAAAACUCCAGGGUGCAGUAUUAUUGAAGCCAAUGGUGUUGUUCAUGAGUUCCUUGCUGGAGACAGAUCACAUCCUCAAAUUAAGGAAAUAGAGGGGAUGUUGGAUGAAAUGGUCCGGAGAUUAAAGAGGCUGGGUUAUGCACCUGGUACAAAUGAGGUUCUACUUGAUAUUGAUGAAGAGGAGAAAGAAACUAAUCUCUUCAGACACAGUGAGAAGCUUGCAAUUGCCUUUGGUCUGUUAGCAACUACUGCACCCACACCAAUAAGAAUUAUUAAGAAUUUAAGAAUCUGUAGCGAUUGUCAUGUGGCAGCAAAGCUGGUCUCUAAAGCUUUUGAUCGUGAAAUUGUUGUUAGGGAUCGGCACCGAUUUCACCAUUUGAAGCAUGGUUCUUGUUCUUGUAUGGAUUAUUGGUAGCAGAAUAUCAUACAACAAUUGAAAAAAGAAAACACAUGAAAUGAUGUCAUGACAAGUGGUCAUUACGUCCGUGUGCUUUGCAAGUCUGUGCAACACGGUUGUACAAGUUAACAGAGUUGUUCCAAAUUGAUUCAGAAGCAGCUUUGUUUUCUGAGCCUAAUCAGAAGAGCACCUAUGACAAGCGCUCAUCUUUGGCUUUAGCCUUUCAAUUAACUUUGAAGUUGCGGUCGGCCGUCCAAUCCAAUCGAAGGUAGCCACCUUAAAGGCUGUCUUUGAGUCAUUGGCACAGUUCUUCACUUCUAUGUACAUCAUUCUGUUGUUUAUUGUGUUACAUCAAGAUAUUAAUAUCUUUGCCAAGCAUUGUUUUCUGGGAGACGAUUGAGGAUAAGUAGCACUCACUUCUGAACCACUUUCUAAGAUUGAAGGAGAUUGUCUCAAAUCAGAAAUUAGGAGAAUUCCAGUCCAUAGGCCACUUCUCAUAAGUGUAGCACUGGAGAUGCUCCUUGCUGGUUUUCAAGUUCCCAUUUUCUUGUUCUCAACUUCCGAUUUUUCAGACUUGUCACAGAACACGUGGUAAUCAGCAGCAAGAUGCAAGCGAUAUUUGCAGCCAUGAACCUGCUCUUGGCAGAUUAGAGCAAUGAUAUUAUCUAAUAGGCUCCAUCUUGUAAUCAUCUGAACAGUUGCCCAUCAUGCCUUAACUUUUUGUUUUCUGGUUGUUUCCUUUGUGAAGCAAUCAGCCUAUUGUCUAAGGUGUUUCUCUUUACUUGUAAAUCCCUUUGGUUUCUUGAUGAAGUCCAUACAUUAAGUUGAUACACUCUUACAGGUUCAAGUUUCAUUCUACACUUGAAUGUUGAUCUUAUGGAAUCAAACUUCGUAGCAUU